GCUUCCUUCCCAGGGGGAGGAGUUUUCCCUGCUUCCGAUGACUUGUCUCCACAGCAACACACCUCCAGCAACCCGACUGCACCCAGCCCGCCGCUGCCUCGGGCCUGCAGGGGUUAAAAGCCGCCCCGAUGAGCUGCAAUGCCGGCAGACUCGAACGGUUUGUUAGGUGAAGUAAAGAAUCCGCCCCCUCAGCUCACUUCGGGUUAAAAAAUGGACAACUCCUUUGUGGAAGAAGUGGCCGCAUCACUGGUGAGAGAAUUUCUCAGUAGAAAGGGUUUGAAGAAAACCAUCACUACCAUGGACCGAGAGCUUCCACGUUCUGCACUUAGCAUCAAUAACAGGAAUGAACUUCGAAACAUCCUACAUCUGCACUGCUUGUACAAACAGAACAAGGCAAAGGAGAACCCACUGAAAACACUUCUUGAAAUUAUUACUAAUUACUUCCUUGAACACUGUGGGACUUUCAGAAGCAUCAGUUCAAGUUCUGCUCUGUCAGCUCCUCAAAGUAAGAGCUCACCAUCUCAUCCACCUGACUUCUUGGAUGAAGAUCACGUGCAUGGGAGUGCCAUUAUGCCCGAUGAGAGCAAAACUCAGGUCUACAGAUAUAACGUUGAGAAUCCACUAGAUAAAAUCCUUCCAUCCAGAAAACAUCAGCACAAAAAUGAAAAAUGCCACACAGGGACAAUUCACAACAGCCACUUACCCUCUGAUGGAGAUAAGAAGUUAAAAGAUAGUCAAGAAGAUUUAAAAGCAGCAACGAUUUCUGAGGAGCUGAAAUCCACAGCGAAGGAGAAGCCAAGGCCCAGGUCUGGUCUCUUUGUGAGAGGAAUGAUGGCUGGACCAGUAGCAAGUUUGCCAGAGGAUCCACAAAAAAGGAGGCUUUCAAAACGAUCCACUAGCAUAAGCAGCACAGCACAGCUCAAGGGUGAAGAACAUGAAGAAAAUUACCUAAGUGUCCCAAGUACUGAUUUUCAAGAAAGCAAAGGAUCUGCAACACAAUUAAAUAUGGAGUUUGCAUCAAAGACUAUGUCAAGCUCACACACAAGUUCAGACUCUGAAAAACUAAGAAACAUCCCCAAAGAUACAGAUGACUCUCUUGCCAAACUUCUGUCAGAAAGAGAGAGGUCCAAGACAGAAGAAAGAAAAUCAGUUUUAAGCUUUGGUAUAGACAGCAAUGAAAAAAGCCUUAAAGUGAGUGCCCCUCACAGACAUUCAGGGGCCAUAAGAGAGAAGAGUGAAAGAUCCCUCAAGAAAAAUGAGACUCAGCUGUCAGGCCACAGGAAGUCUCCAGCAUCCACUGGCUAUAAAGAAGACCAGAUGAAAGAUGUCCUAGAAUUAGUUGAUGUUGAGGAUGAAGAAACAACUGGAGAAGUUAGUAGGAACACAGAUCUUUCAACACUGUAUAUGCUUCAAGUAGUAUCAAAGGCAAUUGAUAUUUCUCUUGCAAAAGAAUUAAAAAAUCUUUUGUUUGGCUCUAGUCUUUGUUGCUUCAGUGAAGAAUGGAAAAUACAGAGUUUCACAUUUAAUAACAUACCACAGUUAAAAUAUGGCAUCGUGCAAAAAAAGGGUGGCCCAUGUGGAGUACUGGCUGCAGUUCAAGCUUGUGUCCUACAACAGCUUAUCUUUGCAGACAGUAACAGGAAUAAAGACACUCGUUGUCUUCAGCCUUCAGAAGUUCACCGGACCAAAUGCCUCACCAUGGCUAUCGCAGACAUAUUGUGGCGUGCAGGGGGCAAUGAAAAAGCAAUUAUAGCACUGCCAUCAGGAAGACAGCAGUUCACUCCCAUAGGAAAAUACAAGGCAGAUGGAAUCCUAGAGACUUUAAUACUACAUAGUGCCAGAAGAUAUGAAGAUCUGAUUGUAUUUCUUCAGCAGAAUAUUCACCAGUUUGAAAUUGGUCCCUGUGGGUGCAUCCUUCUGACUGUGUCUGUCAUUUUAUCAAGAUCUAUCAGUCUGGUGCGCAAUGAUUUUGAUGUGCUUACAAACCGAUUGAUUGGCAGUCAUGGCUAUUGUACUCAGGAAUUGGUGAACUUGCUUUUGACUGGCAAAGCUGUGUCCAAUGUUUUCAACAAUGAAAUAGAGCUGGACUCUGGAAAUGGCAAUAUCACAAUUUUGAAAGGUAUCACAAGCCGCAGUGAUAUUGGUUUGCUGUCUCUCUUUGAGCACUAUGAUGUUUGUCAGGUUGGCUGUUACUUGAAGACCCCUAAAUACCCAAUUUGGUUGGUAUGCAGUGAAAGCCAUUUCAGUGUGCUCUUUUGUUUGGAAAAGGAUUUACUAGGUGACUGGAAAACAGAGCAGAGAUUUGAUCUAUAUUAUUAUGAUGGCUUGGCCAACCAGGAAGAAGAGAUAAGAUUAACAGUUGACACAACUCAGAUGUGCGCUGAAGAAAAAGAAAAUGAUCUUACUCCUCCACUUGAGCAUUGUAUUAGGACAAAGUGGCAAGGAGCUGUUAUUGACUGGAAUGGCACAGAACCAAUCCUGUGACUGACCUGACCUGCACUUUAUUUGUAAAGACAAAAAGGAAAUGACUGAAUUAGCACAUUCCUAUUCCCACCAAUACAGGAAAUAGGACAAGAGUUGUGUGGUUUACAAUGAGGAAGAAUGACAUAGAUUGCAAGCUGGAAGAGUUUCACCUCAAUCACCUCGUGCUUCAGUUAUUUUGCUUAUAAUAUAAACAGUGCUUACAUAAAUUCUCUGUCACUGACUUUAACAUACAGCUUCUGAGAGCAGACUGAGUUUCCACCACCAAUAAAGGUUACAGAUGAAGCACUGAAGUCGUCAACGUCCCCUUGAGGUCUCUUUCUGGAUCCACUCUGUAUCCUGCAAUUGUUUCAAAGCAUCUGAUGAAAGAUGCUGAACCCAGAUUUCUGUCACUGUACAUUCCUUCUCUGUACUGCCUAGUUCUUCACUUACAAAACUCCAGUGCAAGUAUAAAAUAUCACACAAGAAAUAUAUUUUAAUUUCUUUACCUGAUAUUAGUAAGUCUAAUUUUGCAGUAAACGGAUUGGUAACCAUAGAAAUCAUGGUAACAUAUGAAGUUCUUCUUGUGUUAUAUGAUUUGCAGUAAGCAUUGUGGUUUUGUGUUAUCAGAAUAAUAACCCUAGUAUGUUCCUUAUACUGGGGUCAAUUGGUGUGUAACAGUGCCUCACACUGAUGUAGCUCAUUUUUCUUCUGGAUGAGAGAUAGCUGUAUCAAUAUCUUUACAUUUAUACCAUUGUAACUACCUAUAAACUAGUUUUAUUUACACCAAAGUGAUAGAUAAGAUCUGCAGUUUGCUUCUUCAUAAUUACAGGAAAACAGAAGAGCUGUUAGGUUUGAAAUUUAAAUGGUGCCUAUCUGUGAUAGAUACUGUUCAUGAUAAAUAAAGUGCACGUACUGAAAUGA